UAAAGCACUGUUUUUUGGGUUUUCUUUUGCUCUUUCGCCAGAGGUUGUUCAACUUCUUUGUCAUUGUGUUGUUCAACUUCUAUGUCAUUGUGUAACAUAUGGAUGCUGUCCAAAUAAAUUAUAAUAUUUCUGGUAUUAUAUAACUGGAAUCUGUCAUUUUGUUUGUGUGUGUGUCAGUAUGUGUUUUUUUCUUGAAAGCUCUUUACUGGGAGGGUAAUUUGGAAAAUGGGUCAUAGUUGAAAUUCUUGAAUUUGCACUGGAAAUGUUUUUUUGGGGGUUUUAAGAGCUCUCACGAUGGAUCUUGAAACAGGGAUUCAUCAGAAUCAUUUUAAGAAAGAAUCUUGGAGAACAGUUUUGACGUUAGCUUAUCAGAGUUUGGGUGUUGUGUAUGGGGAUUUGAGUACAUCACCAUUAUAUGUAUACACGAGUACUUUUGCUGAUGACAUUGAACAUUCUGAGACUAAUGAAGAAAUCUAUGGGAUCUUAUCCUUUGUGUUUUGGACAUUAACCAUAGUUCCUCUUCUAAAGUAUGUGUUCAUUGUGCUAAAGGCUGAUGAUAAUGGUGAAGGAGGCACAUUUGCACUUUAUUCACUUCUAUGUAGACAUGCCAGAGUGAAUCCUUUGCCCAGUAGCCAGGUUGUAGAUGAAGAUUUGUCAAUGUACAAGAAUGAUAUUAUUAAUCCUGCACCAUCUACUUUGAGUGCAAGGCUAAAAUCUGCUCUGGAAAAACAUAGAGUUCUGCAAAAGUUUUUGCUAUUAUUGGCUCUAAUUGGUGCUUGUAUGGUCAUUGGUGAUGGUGUACUUAGUCCUGCAAUUUCGGUUUUCUCUGCAGUUUCUGGAAUCGAACUAGCAAUGUCGAAAGGGCAUCACCAAUAUAUAGAAGUCCCAUUUGCUUGUAUCAUAUUGAUAGCCUUGUUUGCCCUUCAACACUAUGGCACCCACAGGGUCGGUUUCUUGUUUGCACCUGUGGUCAUAACAUGGCUUUUGUGCAUAAGUUCUAUUGGCAUAUAUAAUAUUUUCCAUUGGAACCCUCGCGUGUAUCGAGCUCUAUCUCCAUACUACAUGUACAAAUUUCUGAAAAAAACACAGAGGGGAGGUUGGAUGUCUUUGGGUGGGAUUCUGUUGUGCAUAACAGGUUCAGAAGCAAUGUUUGCCGAUCUAGGACACUUUUCCCAAUUGUCAAUUAAGAUAGCCUUCACUUCUAUUGUCUAUCCGUCAUUGAUCCUUGCAUAUAUGGGGCAGGCUGCUUACCUUUCCCAGAACCACGUUGUCGAUAAUAAUUAUCGUAUUGGAUUUUAUGUUUCAGUACCUGUAGUUGGAAGCCAAGCUAUCAUUACUGGAACUUUUUCUAUUAUAAAACAAUGCUCUGCUCUGGGGUGCUUUCCUAGAGUCAAAAUAGUACACAUAUCCUCAAAAACCCACGGCCAAAUUUACAUACCCGAGAUCAACUGGAUUUUGAUGCUUUUAUGUUUGGCCGUCACUAUUGGUUUCAGAGACACCAAAAGCAUGGGAAAUGCCGCAGGUUUGGUAGUUAUUACCGUUAUGUUGGUCACGACUUGCUUAAUGUCCCUAGUUAUUGUUUUAUGCUGGCACCAGAGUGUCAUCCUUGCAAUUUGCUUCAUCUUAUUCUUUGGGACGCUUGAAGUGCUAUAUUUGUCUGCUGCUUUAAUCAAGUUUUUGGAAGGAGCGUGGGUACCAAUUGCCCUUUCAUUCUUCUUCAUGUCAGUGAUGUGUGUUUGGCACUAUGGUACAUUGAGACAGUAUGAGUUCGAUCUCCAAAAUACGGUUUCUGUUGACCGACUACUUAGCCUCGGUCCCGGUUUGGGCAUUGUACGGGUCGGUGGCAUUGGCCUCAUUCACACAGACCUUGUAUCUGGUAUACCGUCAAUUUUUUCCCACUUUGUCACCAAUAUUCCGGCCUUCCACCAGGUUCUUGUCUUUCUCUGUGUUAAAACAGUUUCAAUCGCUCAUGUUAAACAUGAAGAACGGUUCCUCGUGGGACAUAUUGGUCUGAGGGAGCAUCAUAUAUAUAGAUGCGUUGUUCGCUAUGGUUAUCGUGAUGCUCGUGUGGAUGAUGUGAAAUUUGAGAAUGAUCUCAUAUGCAGUAUAGCCGAAUAUAUACGCACAGGAAGAGAAGGUUUAGACAAUGCUGGUGAGGAUUCUGUAAAGCAACGCGAGGAAAUGAUGGUGGUGGGAACGCCUUCGACACAUUUAGACGGAAUCCAAGUCUGCGAGGACAAUGAUGUGGCAAAUACAGAAUUGGCUAGCACUUCGGAGCUUAGAGAAAUACAAUCUCCACCUGUGAUCAAACCGCGGAAAAGGGUUCGGUUUGUCAUUCCCAAGAGCCCAGAGAUCGACCGAAAUGUUCAGGACGAGUUGCGAGCACUGAUGGAAGCUAGGGUAGCUGGUGUGGCUUACAUAAUGGGACACUCAUAUGUGAGGGCAAAGCAGGGAUCAAGUCUAAUGAAGAAGAUGGUUAUAAAUUUUGGAUAUGAUUUUUUGAGAAGAAACUGUAGAACAAACACAUAUGUACUAAAUGUGCCUCCAGCAUCUACUUUAGAGGUGGGAAUGGUGUGUCAUAUAUGAUGUUUAUGAUAUGUGAAAAUUAUGUAUUUUGUACAUGUGUUGGUAAUUUUACAUAAUAGAGUUUGAUUGA